GCCGCGGCUGCGUCCAUGGCCGAGGCGGUGAGGCCCCAGCGCCGGCCCAAGGCCAAGGGCGGCCGGCCCAAGGCCAAGGAAAAGAAAAAAUGUGGAAGUCUUCAGCGGGAAGAGUCUGAUGUUGUGGCCCCUCCCCAGACCCCUAGAGAGUGGGAGAGCCCAGCUCCAGCAUGUGAGUUCCCUGGAGACCCUCUGCAGGACCUGCCUGGCUCCCCACUGCAGCAUGAUGCCCACGAACACAGCGAGUGUGCCUUGGUGGAUGUGCCACUUACCUCCCUAACGCUGAGUGAUGAAGAACCCCUGACAUGUAGUGGGGCAGCCCCACAGCAAGCGGAGGAGGCCAGAGCCUGUGUUGGGCAUGACAUCGUCCAGCCGCAGCUCAGUUCUGGACUUGGUGUUGCUACCCAAGCAGAAACAUCCAAGGACUGUAGUGCAGUAGAGGAAAGGAACUUGGCACAAAGUGAACUUUCGGGAAGCAUGGUGCCUUCAGAUACUCCUUUUGCCCAGCAAGAGAUGGAAAUGGUACCAGGCAGAGAAACCCUGACUGGAGGAGAAGAGAAACUGGCCCCAAGUCUUCCUUCAGAGGUGCAGUGCCAUGUGGGCCUGCAAAGUUCUUUUGAAGCCAAAGAUAUUUUCCGGACCCCUAAGGUAAAAACUUUGUACCCCCAGUUGCCUACAGAAGUGGUGGAUGUGCCAGCCUUGGUGGUGGAGAAAUCCUUGGUUCAUCACAAGCAACUAUACCCGGAGCUCCCGUCUCAGCCCGACCUUGUCCCGUUUACCAAAGAGCAGUUGAAAAUCUUCGAGCCUGGCUCUUGGCUGGAGAAUGUGGAGGCCUGCGUGGAGGAGUUUGAUGGCCUCGCUCACCAGGACCACCACGAGCUCUACGAGCUGCUGCUCAACUACUCACGCUGCCGGAAGCAGCUGCUGCUGGCGGAGGCUGAGCUGCUCACUCUGACUGCCGACUGCCAGAAUGCCAGGAGCCGGCUGUGGCACUUUAAGGAGGAGCAAGUGUCCGCACAGGGCAUCUGUGCAGAUCAAGUGAAGGUUUCAGGCUAUCAUCGCUACCAAAGAGUGGAGAUGAAUGACAACGCACUAGAGGAACUGAAGCGGCUGUUUGACGCCAAGUCAGAGCAUCUGCACCAGACCCUGGCGCUGCACUCCUACACAUCUGUGCUGUCCAGGCUGCAGGUGGAAUCCUACCUCUACGCAUUGCUCAACAGCCCAGCUGUUUUGAGAUCUUUAGCCACUCACCAGGAAAGCCGAGCUUCAAGACAGAUAGAAAGCAUUCCCUCUGAUCUGCACCAGCUAAAGGAGUGCAUCAGUGUCUUAUUCAUGUUCACCAGGAGAGUUCAUGAAGACACGCUGUUCCAUGAGGAUAUUCUUCUCUGGCUGGAGAAACUGGUGUCAGUGUUGCAGAGGGUUGGCUGUCCUGGAGACCACCUCUUCCUUCUGAACCAUAUUCUUCGAUGUCCGGCUGGUGUCAGCAAAUGGGCAGUUCCUUUCAUCCAGAUCAAAGUGUUGAAUAACCCAUCUGGGGUGUUUCAUUUUAUGCAGUCCCUUGCCCUGCUAAUGUCUCCUGUCAAAAAUCGAGUGGAAUUCCUGUGUCACAUGCAGCCCAGUGACUGGAAGGUGUCAUCUUCGGGGCCUGCCUCAGGGACAUGGACACUUGUUGAUGAGGGAGGAGAAGAGGACGAAGACCCUGAAGCCAGUUGGAUUCUCCUGAAUGAGGAUGACCUGGUUACUCUCUUCUCACAGUUUCCAUUUCAGGAACUCUUCCAGCAUCUUCUUGGGUUUAAAGCCAAAGGUGAUUAUUUACCCGAGACAACAAGACCUCAAGAGAUGAUGAAAAUGUUUGCCUUCGCCAACUCAUUGGUGGAACUUCUGGCUGUGGGCUUGGAAACCUUUAAUCGAGCUCGCUAUCGGCAGUUUGUGAAGCGCAUUGGUUAUAUGAUCAGGAUGACCCUCAGCUACGUGAGUGACCAUUGGGCACAGUAUGCCAGCCACAACCACUGCCCAGAGUUGGCCAUGCAGCUGCCCUACUCCAUGGCAAAGCUGCAGCUUGAAUUUGAUGAGCUGUUUCUAAGAGCUGUCCUGCAUGUGCUGAAAGCCAAAAGACUCGGCAUCUGGCUGUUCAUGUCGGAACUGCCCUUCGGGACGCUGUCAGGGCAUAUGCUCUGGAAGCUUUUCUACCUUAUGCACCAAGUGGAGAGCGAGAACCUGGAGCGUCUUCGUACUACUCUGCAGCCUGCUGAGUGCAAGAAGCAACUGCAAGACCCAGCACAUCUUGUGAACUUUGAGAAGUGUCUUUCUUCCAUGAAUAGCUCAGAAGAGAUUUGCCUUCUCACUACCUUUGCUCAGAUGGCUCAGGCCAAAAGAACCAAUGUGGAUGGAGACUUCAUAAAAAUCAUUGUUCUGGAGAUAUAUGAGGUCUCUUAUGUUGCCCUGUCCACCAGAGAGACAUUCUCAAAGGUUGGUCGUGAGCUUUUAGGGGCCAUUACGACUGUUCACCCUGAGAUCAUUUCUAUUCUUCUGGAUAGAGUUCAGGACACCAUUGACCAGGUUGGAAUGGUUUCUUUAUACUUGUUUAAAGAACUGCCUCUAUAUCUCUGGCAACCUUCUCCCUCUGAGAUAGCUGUGAUUCGGGAUUGGCUGUUGAAUUACAACCUGACAACAGUGAAGAAUAAAUUGGCCUGUGUUAUUCUUGAAGGACUGAAUUGGGGAUUUGGAGAACAGGACACCCUUCAUCUGGGCCAGCCAGUCCAUGUUGAAGUGGCUUUAAUGGUCCUGGAAGCGCACCAGAAAUUCCUGGCCCAGAAGCCAUAUGCAGGGCUGCUCUCGGAGAGCAUGAAGCAGGUUUCCUAUUUGGCCAGUAUUGUUCGAUAUGGAGAAACUCCUGAAACUUCAUUUAACCAGUGGGCCUGGAACUUGAUCUUGAGGUUAAAGCUGCACAGAAACGAUUAUGGGACACACCAGAAUGGUCCCACAGUGCCCUUCUCCAGCACAGUGCCGGACAUGGCCGAGUCACCCACCUUUCACCCGCUCCUGAAGGCUGUUAAGGCAGGCAUGCCUAUUGGCUGCUAUCUUGCCUUAGCCAUGACAUCCGUGGGCCACAGCAUUGUGCAGUUCUGUGCAGAUGGCAUCUCCCUGCUGGGCGUGCUGGUGCAGUCGAGGCAUCUGAGAACUGUGGUGCACGUCCUGGAUAAGAUCCUGCCUUUGUUCUACCCUUGCCAGUGCUACCUUCUGAAGAAUGAGCAGUUUCUGUCCCACCUCCUCCUGUUCCUCCAUCUGGACAGCGGUAUCCCACAGGGUGUCACGCAGCAGGUCACCCACAAGGUGGCGCAGCACUUGACAGGAGCCAGUUACGGGGAAAAUGUGAAGCUUCUCAACAACAUGAUCCAGGCUCACAUAGCUGUAAGCACUCAGCCCAACGAAGUGGGCCCCAUCGCCGUACUGGAGUUCUGGGUUCAAGCCCUGAUAUGUCACCAUCUGUGGUACCGGGAACAGCCUAUCCUCUUCCUUAUGGACCAGUUGUGUAAAACAGCCUUUCAGCUGGCACAGGAGGACUGUGUACAGAAACUGCUCUACCAGCAGCACAAGAAUGCUCUGGGGUACCACUGCGACCGUAGUCUCCUCUCCUCGUUGGUGAGCUGGAUUGUGGCUGGCAACAUCACACCUUCUUUCGUGGAGGGCUUGGCUACGUCUUCUCAGGUCUGGUUUGCGUGGACUGUUUUGAACAUGGAAUCCAUCUUUGAAGAAGACUCCCAGCUCCGCAGAAUCGUCGAAGGGGAACUGAUUAUCAACCCUACCUUCACCCCGGACCAGGCUCUGAAGAAAGCCCAGGCCCAGCUAAAACUCCCCAUCGUCCCUUCCCUCCAGAGGCUGCUGAUCUACCGCUGGGCCCACCAGGCCCUCGUCACACCUUCUGAUCACCCCCUCCUGCCGCUCACCUGGCAGAAGUUCUUCCUCUUAUACCUCCAUCGCCCUGGGCCACAGUAUGGGUUGCCAAUAGAUGGUUGCAUUGGAAGAAGAUUUUUUCAGAGCCCUGCUCAUGUCAGUUUGUUGAAAGAAAUGAAGAGGCGCCUGACAGAGGUGGCUGACUUCCACCAUGCAGCCAGUAAGGCCCUCCGUGUGCCAGCAGAGGGCAGUGAAGGCCUCCCCGUCGGCCAGCCCAGUCCUCCAGGUCACCUGACAUCCCCAGCCCUGCACACAGAGCUCGUGAGGCUCUUCAACGUAUAUAUUCUAUGGCUAGAAGAUGAGACUUUUCAGAAAGGAGACACUUAUAUCCCUUCUCUGCCAAAGCAUUAUGAUGGGCACAGGCUUGCCAAAGUGAUGCAGAAUCAACAGGAUCUGUGGCUCGAGUAUGUGAACAUGGAGCGCAUCACUCAUGAGUUUGAAGAAAUGGUUAAGCUGUGGAUACAGGCCAAGUUUGAAUCCCAUUCUGCACCCUGCAGUAUGUCUGUGCAGCUAGACUUCACUGAUCCUCUGCUGGCUAAAGAAAGGGUUUUGAGUAACCUGCGGAGGCACGAGGCUCCCCGUCCUCCCUUGGCCCAGCACCCAGCCAAACCUCCUGUGCCCGUGAUCGUCUCUUCUGUGCUCCUGAGUCAGCAGGACACCACCCGGCUGGUGCGCACAGACCUGAAUGUGCUGCAGCAACAGGCCAGAACUGCAGCUCUUUGGGAAUCGCAGCAGGUUGCCCUGGAUAAUGAACUGUUGGAUACGAUGCCAAAGCAGUACAUGAACCGAGAGGAGCAGGUCACACUGCACCUGGAGUGUCGUGGCAGCAGUGGUAAAAAGUGCCAGGGAGCGGCAGUUGUAACUGUUAAGUUUGAAGGUAUGUAUAAAAAUGAAGCCGUCAGUCAACAACUUCAUGUAUUGCGAAAAGAAGUGAAACAGUUACAAGCUGAAGCUUCUAAGCCACCAUCUCUUAAUGUUGUGGAAGCUGCUGUGCACGCAGAAAACUUGAUUACGGCUCUCGUGAAUGCUUACAAACUUCAGCCCAGUCCUGGGGUCCAGAAGGUUGGUAUUGGCCUCUUCUUCACUAUUGUGGAUUAUGUCAGCGACGAGACCCAGCGACAUCCCCCAACAAGGCAGUUUUUUACUUCCUGCAUUGAGAUCUUGGGCCAGGUGUUCAUCAGUGGCACUACGUCUGAAUGUCAGAAGGUGCUGCAGACUAUUCUAAAGAACAGACGUCUCUGUUCUCUCCUGUCCCCGUUCUUCACGCCCAAUGCUGCUCCUGCUGAGUUCAUCCAACUCUAUGAGAAGGUGGUCAAGUUUCUAAGCGAGGACAACAGUGACAUGAUCUUCAUGCUGCUGACCAAGUUUGACCUGAAGCAGUGGCUGCACAGCACAAAGCCUCCGCUGUCUGAUCGAACCAGGCUACUGGAGUCCAUUCACCUGGCUCUGACCGCCUGGGGCCUUGAACCCGAGGACGACAUUCUGAUGCCCUUUAAUCUCUUCUGUAAGCACUGGACUUACCUCCUCCUCUAUCAGUUCCCUGACCAGUACAGCGACAUCCUCCGGCUGCUGAUGCAAAGCUCUUCAGAGCAGCUGCUCAGCCCUGAGUGUUGGAAAGCCACGCUGAGAGCCCUGGGCUGCUGUGCCAUGGACUGCCACCAGGGGGCUGCCGCCAUAGAGAGCACUGUGCGACAGGGUUUUCCCGAUGCGCUCUUAUCUGACAAACAGGUGAUGGAGACAAUACAGUGGCUCUCGGACUUCUUUUAUAAGCUUCGCUUCUCCACACCGGACUUCAAAAGCUUUGGGUUAUUUUCCAAGUGGAGCCCUUACAUGGCUGAUGUGAAGACACUCUUGGGCUAUCUGGUGAAAAGGAUGCUUGACUCUGAAAUAGCCUCUUUGGCCCCGGACCCAUCGGCCAACAGCAAAGCAGUGCUGAGAUCACUGCAUUCAGUAAUCAUCCAGCUUUUUAAGCCAUGGAUCCUGGUUUUGGAAGACAAUGAAAGCAGCCAAAGGCUCUACCCCUGGCUGGAGAGUGAUGCUGUGGUGGCCUCAGGCAUUGUGCAGCUGCUGGCCGACUGUGUAGAUGCCUUGCACCAGGGCUUCAAAGACAAGCUGCUGCCAGGAGACGAAGGCGCCCUCCGGCUCCACCUGCUGCAUUACUGCGAGGCAUGCACUGCACCACAGAUGCCGGAGUUUACGCUCUACGCCUUCCACAGUGCAUACCGGAAACUCCCUUGGCGGGAACUGUACCCGGACCCAGUGCUCAUGGAGGCCUUCUUUAAGGUGGAACGGGGUAGCCCCAAGAGUUGCUUCUUGUUUCUGGGCUCCAUCCUGUGUGAGGUCAACUGGGUCAGCGUGCUCUUUGACGCCUGGGAUCCUAGGCCCCAGCCUGAGACCCGGAGCAUGGUUGUCUCCCUCCUUUUCAUGAUGGUUCUCUUGGCCAAGGAAGAUGAACUAAUUGAACAGACGGAUUCGCCUCUCCUUAGUCUCCUUGGGCAGACAAGCUCUCUUUCAUGGCAUCUCGUGGACAUGGCAUCCUACCAGAGUGUACUAGGUUAUUUCAGCAGCCACUACCAGCCAUCCGUAGUUCUGGCAAAUGAAUCUUCCUCUGAAUUCAUCGUGAAGCUCCUGAAAGCAUCUGCAGGCCUUUCUGUUGCUACUGAUGGCCAAAAGCACAUCGAUGCAGUUCCCAAGUGCCAGGCCUUCAUCCAUCAGAUGGUGCAGUUCCUGAGCACCCUAGAACAGAGUGGGAAGGUCACCCUGGCAGUGCUGGAGCAGGAGCUGUCUAAGCUGCUUGAUGACAUCAUGGGCUUUAACCCACCCAACGCCGACAGCCAGAGCCGCCACAUGGCCCUCAGCAGCCUCUUUAUGGAAGUGCUCAUGAUGCUGAAUCAUGCCACCUUUCCGACGGCUGAGUUCCUCCGGGGCAGCAUCCGGACGUGGAUCGGGCAGAAGGUGCACGGGCUGGUGGUGCUGCCUCUGCUCACUGCGGCCUGCCAGAGCUUGGCUUCCGUCCGCCACAUGGCUGAGACCACCGAAGCCUGUGUUAUGGCCUAUUUCAGAGAAGGUUCCCUCCAUCAGAAUUUAGGCUGGGGCCCCAUCCUGGUGUCGCUUCAAGUGCCUGAGCUCACUAUGGAAGAAUUCCUGCAGGAGUGCCUGAGCCUGGGCAGCUACCUGACUCUCUAUGUUUACUUGCUUCAGUGUUUGAACAGUGAACAGACACUAAGGAACGAAAUGAAAGUGCUGCUUCUCUUGAGCAAGUGGCUGGAGCAGGUGUACCCGAGCUCUGCACAGGAAGAGGCCAAGCUGUUUUUGUGGUGGCACCAAGUCCUGCAACUGUCCCUGGUCCAAGUGGAACAGAAUGACCCAAUUUUGACUGAAUCUGUCAUUCGAAUCCUGCUGCUUCUGCAGAACCGGCAGAGCCUGGUGGCAGAGGAAAGGCUCAGCUCUGGGCUUCUGGGUGCCAUUGGCUUGGGCCGGAAGUCACCCCUGUCCAGCAGGUUUCGAGUAGUUGCCCGAGGUAUGGCCACCUUCCUCUCCAUUCAAGUACCUACUGAGGGUCAGAUCCGCUUGAAACCCAGCUCUGAAUUACACCUAACGCUGAAAGCCCAGCAGGCCCUAAGUGCCCUCGAGGCCCUGCCGUCAAGUAAACAGUACCUGGAAUUUCAGGAGCAGAUCUCCCAGGCCGCACAGUUCAUAAAGCAGCCCGGCCACUGCCUUCAGGACGGAAAGAGCCUCCUGGCUCUGCUUGUAAACAGCCUCUACCCCGAAGUGCACUAUUUGGACAACAUCCGAUAGUAGCAUAGGCGCCUGAAAACCCCCAAAUUUUCAUGUUUACAUGUUCAACACUGGAGCUGGGCUCACUUCACAGUCCCGGCAGAGCUGGGUGCGGCCUCCAGGGUGGAGGCAGGGCUGUGUUGCCGGGCCCUAGAUAUUUCUGUUUGUACAUGUACAACGUGUAUUCUCAGCACCUAGGGUCUUUCGGGGAUGAGGGAACUGUCUGUCUCCUAAGCUGGGCAUGGCACAGCCUUAUCACAUCCAGUGCAGCUCACAGGCUGCUCACACUUGCAACCCCAGUGUGGCUGGUUUGGGGGAGUCCCACCGUGGCUCCUCUUUCACUUUACACUCGAAACCUCACUGCUCUGGGAAUUAUGGCAAACCCUCACCCUUUCCCUCACUGGUGAGCCAUCGAAGUCAAAGGAGAUUUGGAAGUUCCUGCAGGAACAGC